CAGCAUCCUUGAUUGCCGUUUGACCCUUCGCCUUUGAUUUACCAUUGCUUUUGUGCUAUUUCUGUUUGGCACCGUCUUUUGCAUUUGCAUCUAAUCAAAUCAAGGACCCUACGUUUGCUGCGUAGGUGACCGCUACCUCAUUUCCCCCCCCACGUCUAUAAAAAAGCUGCAUCAAGGUUGCGUUCUGAGCAAGCCUGUGUUUUUUGGUCUGCUCAAAACCUCACCCCUCUCCUAUUUUUAACUCACCCUGGUCUGCUGAGCCGCGUCCUGUGGCACGUUUGACAAGCCUUUCUCUUGACAGAGUACAGGUGUCGCAGCAGCAACAGCAACAGCAGAAAUAUCGACUCUGCAGGUCCCGCAACACCGAUCGAAUCGACAUACACUCGGCAUCUUCACAUCAUGGCCACCAACGGCACCGUGGAGAGCUUUGCGCCGCCCGAUGUGCUGGCGGCGCUCAUGACUAUGCGUGGCGGCGAGACGGAGGCUAAGAAGACUGCUCACGCCUACCUUGAGAGAUUCCAGAAAUCGAAGGACUCGUGGGGCACCGUCAUGGCCAUCCUGCAGUCUAAGGCUGAGGCUGAGACGAUUUUAUUUGCAGCCAUUACCCUGCGAGGAAAGGUACAUACAUGCGAUGACACUGAAACCCAGUUUGUGGUGAGAUUGCUGCUGAUUUCUUGCUAGAUUACAUACGACCUGUCGACCCAAGUCCCCCCGACCGAACUUACCGCCCUGCGAACCCAGAUCCUCCUCCUAAUUAAGCACUAUGGUGCCGGACCCAAGCCUAUACGCGUGCAGUUGUGUGUCUGCUUAGCCAUCCUGGCCAUCCAAAUGAAGGAUUGGAACGACGUCCUGCCAACCGUGGUCCAGGCUCUCAGCGAUAGCCCGGACAGCCACGCCUGCAUCCUCGACUUUUUGCGCGUCCUGCCCGAGGAAGUGACCGAGGGCCGAAAGAUUACCCUGACUGAAGAAGAACUUGCAGACCGGACAAAGAUUCUCUUGGCAGACAACUCUGAUCAGGUCGUUCAGCUCCUCAUCAACUACGCCCAGUCUUCGCCUAAUGCUUCGCGAAACCCGCAACUUAUGGAGUGCAUUACUUCGUGGCUCAGAGAGGUGCCCGUCGCCAACAUUAUCAACUCACCCCUCCUUGACGUAAUCUUCAACGGUAUCGUUGCCGACGAAUGUAGCCAAGAGGCUUCUGAGUGUCUUGGCGUCGUUCUUCGCGAGACUGGUGACGUGGAUGAAAGCCGCGACGCCAUUGCCAUCUUAUUCCCACGAAUCAUUGCCCUUCAGCCCCGAAUCAAGGCUCUUGCGGAUGAGGAGGACUCUGAAGGUCUCAAGGCGCUCACCAAAGUGCUUGCUACUGCCGCUGAGAGUUGGGUGGUUGCUAUUGCACGCGAGCCCUCGCAGUUUCGACCACUGGUUGAUGCUGUUCUCGAAUGCGCUCUCCGCGACCAGGAACGUGAUGCUAUCGACUGCACCUUUAUGUUCUGGUACGAGCUGAAGCAGUACUUGGUGCUGGAGCGAUAUAUCCAGAGCCGUGUGGAGCUGAUGGAAGUCUACUCCAAGCUCGUAGAUAUCAUGCUGUCGCACCUCCAAUACCCCAAGCCCGACUCUGGCAACGAGACCGAUUUGUUUGAUGGCGACCGCGAACAGGAGGAGAAGUUUAGAGAGUUCCGCCACCAAAUGGGCGACACACUAAAGGAUUCUUGCGAAGUCAUGGGCGUCACCGAGUGUCUCACCAAGGUGCUCAACUCAAUUCAGGUUUGGAUGGGCAAGUAUGCUAGCCAGGUAGAAGGCACCAAGGUUCCCGAAUGGCAGCAGCUGGAAGCUCCUCUGUUUGCUCUGCGUGCCUUGGGCAGAAUGGUGGACAAGGACGAGGAGAUUGUCCUGCCCCAGCUUAUGCCUUUGCUUGUGCAGAUCCCUCCCCAUGAGAAGCUCCGAUUUGCCACGAUUAUGGUCCUGGGUCGCUACACGGAAUGGACAGCUGCACACCCCGAGUACCUGGAGCCACAGUUCAACUACAUUGUCAACUCGUUCCAGUCUGAUUCGCGCGAAAUUAUCCGAGCUGCAGCCCUCUCCAUCAAGUUCUUCUGCACAGACUGCAAGAACUUGCUUAGCGGACAGGUCCUCCAACUGCAAAGCUUUUACGACCAGGUUCUUGACAAACUGCCCGAUCUAAGCAAAGAGGAGGUUACAGAGGGUGUUUCCAGCGUUGUUGCGGUCCAGCCUGUUACCGAGACAUAUCGCCUGCUUAAGACGUACUGCGAUCCUCUCGUCCAGCGUCUCAUGGCCAAGGCAAACAGCGCAACAAAUGAGGAAGGCAAGCUGGCGCUAGCUGACCACCUGCAACUAAUUACCAUCUUUGUGCAAAACGUGACGCCAAUGGUCAACGCUGGCGAAGAGAACCCGGCAGUCAAGUACUGGCAAGAGGUGCUGCCCAUCCUGUCGACGGUCCUGGACGGCUUCCUGGAUUUCAGCCCCAUCUGUGAGCGUGUCUGCCGCUGCUGGCGCCACAUGAUUAUCUCCUACAGAACUGCCAUGGCGCCAAUGCUUGGUGAUAUGGCCAACAAGCUUGCGCAGGGCUUCAACACGUCCCGAGAAGGCUGUUUCUUGUGGGUUACCUCUGCUAUUCUGCGCGAGUUUUCCGAGGACCGUGAGCAUGUCGACCAAGCGACAACCGAUAACAUCUACUCCUUCUUCGAAGCUCAAACAACGACAUUUUUGCGCACUAUGAAUGAGCUGCAGCCUAAGGAGCUGCCUGAUGUUGUUGAUGACUUCUUCCGCUUGCUGAUUGAUGCGCUCUUGUAUUACCCCCAGAAGCUGAUUCCAUCUCAGCUCUUGGUGCCUAUUUUCGAGGCGGCCGUGUACGCCUUGACACUGGAGCAGCGCGAUCCGCUCUCGUCGACUCUGCACUUCUUGCGCGACUUCUUGUCCUAUGGCGGCAACAACCCCGCGAGCAGUGAGCGUCUGCCCCCAGCUACCGCCGAGCAGAUUCGCGACGUUGUCAAGACCGUUCUUGCUAGCCACGGGGCGGGACUUGUUAAGCAGGUGAUGGCGGGUAUGAUGAUUACCUUCCCACGCGACUGCUUUGCCGACGGUAGCGGCGUCUUGCUUGCUCUGUUUGAGCUGUUGCCCGUGCAGACCAGCGACUGGGUUACUGAGACGAUCCGCAUGCUUCCCGAAGGCACCAUGUCCGCCGCCGAAGCCGACCGACUGAUGACCAAGAUUCGAGAGAAGCUGUCUAGCGGCGACGCCGGUGAUCUCCGCCACGUGCGAGUGCUGCUGCAGGACUUUACCAACACGUACCGCCGACGCAAUGUUGCUCCUCGAGAUGGUCUUGGUCAGCUUGAGGCCACCCGCUUCCAGUUUUCUGGGUAAACUGGCCAGCGACAAGUUGGUAAGAAAGAAGUCAAUUUAUUUUAUUUUUAAGCAGGAUGUGGCGAAGGAGUUUUAUGGAAGAUGAGGAAAUGGAAGGGAGAUAUGAGAAAUAAUGGGAAUAUGGAACAUAGAAGGGACAUUUUGCAUGGAGUAGGACGGGAAUGGAUUCUAGCAUUUUGAGUGCGGAUACAAAAAGACAUGGGAUUUUUCUUCAAGUCAAAGUUUUUUACAGAUUUCUAACUUGCACAUAUGGGAGGACUGCGCAAAUUUUUAUUUUGAGAGAUAGAGAGAGAUGGCAGAGUAGUGAGGAUGAAUGAGAUGGCAUACUGUAUGCUGCUAACUGGUGCGAUUUGUUGAACGACUUUUACGGUGACUGGCAUCGUGAUUGGCUUAUCUAAUAGGCUUGAUGAACUGCACAAUGUUCUUUAUGUAAAUCUACAUGAAUGGAACUACCAUGCCAUGAGAUGUUGCGUAUGUUGUUGGAAGUAUGAGUAUAAAGAGCUGUGAACCAGCGAGAAGUGACGUCUGUUACGCCAGAGAUAGUCACGCUUACCCUGCA